CUGGACUGGACCAGAACCCUCUGCGGAUAUCACCACAUCACUGCUAAGGUGAUGAACGGGAACCUGCACAAGUUUCACAAUGUGGACCUCUUCCAAAGGGGGUUCUAUCAGAUACGAGCGGGGCUGAAGGCCUCACCCCGUGUGCCCCACAGGUUGAUGGUUACAACAAAAGACAGCACAGGAGAAUGCAGCUUCAACUCUUCCGGGGUUUACGAUGGCGCCGUUUUCAGCCGGAUUUUUCAGAUCCUGUACAGAAAUGAGGAGAUCACGGUGAAUGACAGUAUGACCUUCAAAAUCCACCUGCUACUGGAUGGAGAAAGGCUGGAGGAAGCCCUCAGUGAGGUGGACUUUCAGUUAAAGCUGGAUCUUCAUUUCACCGACAACGAGCAGCAGUUGACAGAGAUAUUGACGGUUCCUUUGAUCAGCAGUCGGACCCUAAACCUCCAUUUCAAUCCGCGGCGAGGCCUCCACCACCACGUCCCCGUCAUGUUCGACUAUUUCCACCUGUCGGUCAUCUCUGUCUCCAUCCAUGCUUCACUGGUUGCCUUACAUCAGCCAUUGAUCAGCUUUGCACGUACAGGGAAGGGCUCAUGGCUGGGGAAGGGCUCGCCAGAGAGUGUGAGCGAGCCAUCUGUUGUAUCUGUGGAGAACCUCGUGUUUGGAGCCGGUUACUGCAAGCCUGUCAUCUCUGAGGGAAGUUUUUACGUGCCCAGUGAAAACUGCCUGCAGAGAGCUCAUACGUGGCACCGGCGGCUCUGUCGCCUCCUGCUGGCCGCGCACAAAGGCCUGCACGCCUACUGCACCGCUCUGAUGGACGCCAUCCCACAGCUCCACCAGAUUCCACUGGAAUCAGAGAUGCUGCCUAUAGAAGAAACACUUAAUCAGCUGUCAAUAGAAUUACAACUGCAGGAAGGUCCCGAGAAGGUAGCGGAGCAGAUCAGCAGGGAUGUGAGUCAGCUCUGCACACAGCUGGCUGCGCUGUGGAGCCACUUCCUGGAGGCGGCUGUGCUCAACCCGUACAUCCUGUCAUAUCUGGCCCAGGAGCACCACACGCUCAGGGUCAGGAGGUUCUCAGAGGCAUAUUUCUUCACUGAGCACCCCAAAGAAACAUCUCUGACAUUUCAAGAGGAACUUAUCAACAGGCACGGUCAGAUAGCUGCAGAAGUGCGGACCUCCGACUACUUGACCAAAAUGCCUCCUUUACCUGUUGAGUGCCUGGACAUCGAUGGAGACUGGAACAGUCUGCCCAUCAUCUUUGAGGACAGAUACGUCGAGUCUCCACAAACAAAAACAGUGUCAUACGUGCCAACUCUUGAAACCACUGAUGAGAAAGGCAGCUCGGAUGUCGGCAUCACUCCAGCCAAAAGGGUUCUUCAGAGCAGCCAGGAAGCCAACUCACCAGCAGCACUCCAGGUUUCCUUGGACGGGGAUGAAUGCAUGGAUCUGCCCACGUACAUGGCGGAGCAAAGCAAAAUCAACCUCACAGAUACACAGAAAAUAGUCCAGACUAAUCACAGUCCCGAGCUAUCGCUACAAGAGGCCGGAAACUUGAAGCUCCCCGAGGACAGUUCUGGAAAGAAGUGUAUAGGGGAAAAUCCUUGCGAUGUGGACCCAUACAGAGGAGAGGUCAGCCCGAUGCCCUCGUCAAACAAUCCCCCAACUGAUUCUGCAAACCGCGGUGAUGAGUCCCCGGAUUAUGAUUUAACAGAAAAUGUCGUCCACCCUGGGGAGGCCGAACAACUAAGCAUAACAGAUGAGAGCGAAAACAAGGGAGAGGAGUCUGACAUCGCCAUGCCUUUAAAUCACUCCAUGGACGAUGAGGCUGAGGAUAUCCCUCCAAACAGCCUAGUUACUACCCAUAUGCAUCCAGUUAUACAUCCUUUCCUGGGGGACCUCAGAAAAGAAAUGACGCAUCGCGGAGGCUUAGCUGGCUCCAAGAUCAUGAAGCGCUCGUCCUCCGUCAUCUCUGACUCAGGUAUUGAGAGCGAGCCCAGCUCAGUGGCUUGGCCUGUGGAGGCGGCGCUGAGAGGCAGGCCGUCUCUUGAUUUUUCCAGCGAGCGGGAAAUCCCAAAGCAAAUGGUGAGUCACCACCUGGUUCACCGUAGCUGUCUGGAAGGCUUGCAGAUGGAGAGCAACGGAAGCCUUCCCAGCGGAGGCAUCCAGGCCUCACUGACUUCGAUUAGCUCGUUGCCCUACGAGGAGGACCAGCAGCAGGGGCAACUCAGCAAACUGACAAAGUCGGUCUCCGCACCACAGAUCAGCAGCCCAGAAGACACCGAGGAAGACCACGUGCUGCUCAACCAGCAGACAGACAGGAGGAACUCGGUGCUACAGGAGGACUCAUCUAGGGUUAACGGCUCUCUAAACGGCAACCUGGAUGCAGAUGAGUCUGAAUUAUCCCAGUUAGAUUUAGAUCUCUGCCAUGUCGGUAAAGAGAACACCAGCUCUGAGAGAUCGACCUCGCACUUCCUGUCAGAGGCAUCCACAAUCAAGUUGGUGUCAAGCAGUGGGCUGCUUUUACAAGAGUCUGUUAAGACCUCUCAUGUGAAGGAAAGUGCUGUUACUGGCAGCCGGAAGGAGGAAAACAACCACCAAACACACACGGGUGUAGAGAUUACCUCAGUAGAAGACGUGCAUCUUGUUGAGUCGGAAGCGGUUCCCUGCAGCCGUGGAAGCAAACCAUCUGUGCGUAAAAACGCAGAAGAGAGGGAAGAACUUAGUACUUUAGAUGGAAGCCAAAGGUUCCAGCGGGUCGAGCCGCAUGGCGCAGAGGACCAUGCAUUCAUGGAUCCCUUGCAGACGCAGACCAAUGACCCUGACACCAACGCUACCAUUGCUCAGAGGCCCAGUGAUCUCACAUGUCUGGCAGCCAUAGAUGGAACAUCACCUGGUCAUAUGGGUGGUCCUUCAGCCUCUGAGAAGGGGCCUUUGGACACCCAGACUAAACCAUCAAAGAUCCCCAACUCAGGACUGGCCUUCGUGAAUAAGAAAAUGGUGGAGGUGGUGAACAUGUCGGUAUCGUGCGCCCCGACUUGUCUGCCGUUUUCCUCCGUCCUGAGAGACUCGCCUUCCAUCAGCGGAAUAUCUGCCCGCCAGGCUACCUCACCUAUUACCCAUCAGCCCCUGGGCUCUUUUGGCAUCAUCUCCUCAUCUUCGCUUAGUCCGCUUAAUAUGGAUGAAGAGACCAACGAACGGAUGCUAAAUUUCUACAAGGCCAAAGAGGACCUGCUCAAAGUUUUGAGCUUCCAGGCCAGCUUGUACAGCGACCUCCCUCUUCUGGCAUCGGAUCUGCCCUAUUUCCCCCCUGAGGAGGACGAUGAGGAGUUUGAUGAUGGCAUACACCUUGUAGUGUGUGUCCAUGGGCUUGACGGAAAUAGUGCAGACCUUCGACUGGUCAAAACGUUUAUUGAACUGGGACUGCCAGGAUCCAGGCUCGACUUCCUCAUGUCUGAAAGAAACCAGGCUGACACUUUUGCAGACUUCGACACAAUGACUGACCGGCUGCUGGACGAGAUCAUUCAGCAUAUCCAGCUGUACAAUCUCACCAUUGGCAGAAUAAGCUUCAUCGGCCACUCCCUGGGGAACGUCAUCAUCCGCUCCGUGCUGACCAGGCCUCGCUUCCGCUGCUACCUGCCCAAGCUGCACACCUUCCUGUCGCUGUCCGGCCCGCACCUGGGAACGCUGUACAACAGCAGCGCGCUGGUCAGCACCGGUCUGUGGUUGAUGCAGAAGCUGAAGAAGUCGGGGUCCCUGCUGCAGCUCACCUUCCGAGAUCACGUCGACCUGCGGAAAACAUUCCUCUACCUGCUCAGUCAGAAACCAGGGCUGCAGUUCUUCAAGAACGUGGUGCUGGUCGCGUCUCCUCAGGACCGAUACGUUCCCUUCCACUCUGCCCGAAUAGAGAUGUGCAAGACUGCCCUCAAGGACAGAAGCACAGGCCCCGUGUACACGGAGAUGAUCAACAACCUCCUGCAGCCUCUGGUGGAGGCUAAAGAGUGCCGGCUGAUCCGCCAGAACGUCUUCCACGCUCUGCCCAACACGGCCAACACGCUGAUCGGCCGCGCCGCCCACAUCGCCGUCCUGGACUCUGAGCUCUUCCUGGAGAAGUUCUUCUUAGUCGCGGGACUGGACUACUUCAAAUAAAGGUGCUAGAGCUGCAGGCCCACCGGACAGAGGCUGAUUGUUGUAGGCAGACUCUGAAUCUGAAAAAUGAGAACCUCCCUAUCAUUUAAAUUUAUACGUAUACAUACAUGUGUGUAUGUAUAAAUAUAUAUGUAGAUAUAUAUCUACACACACACAUAUAUAUAUAUAUACAGGACUGUCUCAGAAAAUUAGAAUAUGGUGAUAAAGUUCAUUUUCUGUAAUGCAAUUACAAAUCAUGA